AUGCGUACUUCAACAAUUGGACUUUGGGCUUUAACGGCUGGUGCUGUCGCUGCAAAGACCUGCUAUAAUGUAACUGUGGAAGUUCCUGUCACAGCUCGCAAUGGCGUGUUCGACAACAUCAACACACCCCAGACGAACUUUGACGCUACUUCUUUCGUCCUCUCUGCCACCAGACAGGGUAAAAACUUGACAGAAACAGCCUUGUCGGGCUAUGCCACUGUGUCGGGCCACUACAAUAUCUCGACCCAAUACUGUAUGCCGAAGAAUGCUGGGAGUUCGGCCUACACGCUUCAGAUCCUCACACAUGGAAUGGGCUUUGACAAGUCGUACUGGGACCUACCAUACAACAACUAUAACUACUCAUACGUGGAUUACGUCUUGUCUCGGGGAUAUCACACACUUUCCUACGACCGACUGGGCCUCGGCAAAUCUUCACAUGGCGAUGCAAAGAAUGAGAUCCAGGCAUUCCUCGAGAUCGAAGCUCUUGCUCAGUUGACCCGCAUGGUACGCAGCGGCAAGUUGGCUAAUAUCAAGACUCCCGCCAAGGUCGUCCACGUCGGACAUUCAUUUGGGUCUGCGCAGACAGUUGCUCUAUCCGCGAUGUACCCAGAGCUCUCCGAUGCGCUCGUGCUCACCGGGUACACGGCAAGUGCCGACUACAUGCCGAUGUUCCUCAGCGGUGCGAACUUCCAACAAGCCCGACUCAACGGCAAGAACUCAGACUACACAGCUGGGUACUUGAAGAGUGCGGACCUCGGCAGCAAUGUAUAUCUCUUUUUCUACCCGCCCCAUUUCGACACCGGCCUUCUGGACUUUGCUGAAGAGAACAAGCAACCGAUGACUGUUGGUGAACUCCUGACUAUCACCGGUCUGCCAGCGCAAAGCAACUUCACCGGACCUGUCUAUGUCAUCGAUGGUGCGAACGAUGUACCAUUUUGUGGAGGCGACUGUUUGCACACGGGUGGGAAAUCGACUCCUAUUCCUGCUGCGGCUAAGGUGAUCUUCCCAAAGACCAGCGCUUUCUCUGCCUAUGUCCACCCCAACACUGGCCAUGCUAUCAAUCUGCACUAUAAUGCGACGGCGGCUUAUAAGCAGAUCAAUGAUUUCUUGGGGGCUCAAGGCUUGUUGAGCAAGAGUCAUCGUCAUGAUCAUGCCCGUCAUCACCAGUGA